AUGGCGUCCGAGUCGGUGAAGGUGGUGGUGCGCUGCCGCCCCAUGAACCAGCGGGAGCGGGAGCUGAACUGCCAGCCCGUGGUGACGGUAGACUCCGCGCGCGGCCAGUGCUUCAUCCAGAACCCCGGCGCCGCCGGCGAGCCCCCCAAGCAGUUCACCUUCGACGGCGCCUACUACAUGGACCACUUCACCGAGCAGAUCUACAACGAGAUCGCCUACCCGCUGGUGGAGGGCGUCACUGAGGGCUAUAACGGCACCAUCUUUGCCUACGGCCAGACGGGCAGCGGGAAGUCCUUCACCAUGCAGGGCCUGCCGGACCCACCCUCGCAGAGAGGCAUCAUCCCCAGGGCCUUCGAGCACGUUUUUGAGAGCGUCCAGUGCGCAGAGAAUACCAAGUUCUUGGUCCGGGCUGCCUACCUGGAGAUCUACAAUGAAGACGUUCACGACCUGCUGGGGGCAGACACCAAGCAGAAGCUGGAGCUGAAGGAGCACCCAGAGAAGGGCGUGUACGUGAAGGGGCUCUCCAUGCACACGGUGCACAACGUGGCCCAGUGUGAGCGCAUCAUGGAGACGGGCUGGAAGAACCGCUCGGUCGGCUACACGCUGAUGAACAAGGACUCCUCGCGCUCCCACUCCAUCUUCACCAUCAGCAUCGAGAUCUAUGCUGUGGACGAGCGGGGCAAGGACCACCUCCGGGCAGGCAAGCUGAACCUGGUGGACCUGGCGGGCAGCGAGCGGCAGUCCAAGACGGGGGCCACAGGGGAGCGGCUCAAGGAGGCCACCAAGAUCAACCUGUCGCUGUCAGCGCUGGGCAACGUCAUCUCGGCCCUGGUGGACGGGCGCUGCAAGCACAUCCCCUACCGCGACUCGAAGCUGACGCGGUUGCUGCAGGACUCCCUGGGCGGCAACACCAAGACGCUGAUGGUAGCCUGCCUGUCGCCCGCCGACAACAACUAUGACGAGACGCUCAGCACGCUGCGCUACGCCAACCGCGCCAAGAACAUCAAGAACAAGCCGCACAUCAACGAGGACCCCAAGGACGCCCUGCUGCGCGAGUACCAGGAGGAGAUCAAGAGGCUCAAGGCGAUUCUGGCCCAGCAGAUGGGCCCCGGCAACCUGUCAGCCCUGCUGUCCAGUCAGGUGCUCCUGAACCCUGUCCAGCCGGAGGAGAAGCCAUUGCCCCCGCCUGUGAUCCAGCACGACACAGAGGCUGAGAAGCAGCUGAUUCGGGAGGAGUACGAGGCACGCCUGGCCCGGCUGCGGGCCGACUACGAGGCAGAGCAGGAGUCGCGUGCCCGGCUGGAGGAGGAUAUCACCGCCAUGCGCAACUCGUACGACGUGAAGCUGUCCACGCUGGAGGAGAGCCUGCGCAAGGAGACAGAGGCUGUCCUGAAGGUGGAAGUCCUCUGCAAGACCGAAGUCACGUCCAGGGCCGCAUUUGUCGACACGCCUGAGUCCUCGUCAGCUUUCCAGUAUGAGACGGCCGUGAAACCAGAGGCCUCCUCCGGAGCCGGCACGCCCUGCAGUGAGGGUGUUUCCAAGACCGGGCCUCCCUCCCGGGCUGAGGACCUGCGCAAGGUGGAGGCCUCCAAGUCUGAGAUUUCUUUUGGGUCUGAUGAGUCGUCCACACUCGAAGAAACCUCCGUGUCCGAUUCCUUCCCCGGGCUCAGGGAGCCCUCCAACCUGGAGCUGUCCUCCGUGCGAGAGGUGGAGGCCAAGAGCAAGUACUUCCUGGGGGAGGAGCUCUUCCUGCAUGAAGAGGAGCCCCAGCUGAUGCCGCUGGAGCUGCUGCCAGGCCUGCACGACCCAUAUGCCGACAUGGAAGCCAAGCUGGCCCCACCUUCCUCCACUGUGGCCCGGGCAGACGCAGCCAAGGUCCCCGUGCAGGAGGUUGACCGGAGCCCAGAAGUCACGAAAGAGGUGGUGCUGGCAGCAGAGCCUGGCAUGGGGACCGAGGCCGCAGCGCAGCCCCUGCUGGCCAUGACACGUUCGAGAAGGGACAGUGUGGGUGUGGAGGUGGCAGUGCUGACCAACGACGUGACGCCCAUCGUGGACCAGCAGCAGGUGCUCGCCCGUUUGCAGCUGUUGGAGCAGCAGGUGGUUGGCGGGGAGCAGGCCAAGAACAAGGACCUGAAGGAGAAGCACAAGCGACGGAAACGCUAUGCAGACGAGCGCAGAAAGCAGCUGGUGGCGGCCCUGCAGAACUCGGACGAGGACAGCGGCGACUGGGUGCUGCUCAACGUGUACGACUCCAUCCAGGAGGAAGUCAGGGCCAAGAGCAAGCUGCUGGAGAAGGUGCAGAAGAAGCUUCGGGCGGCAGAGGUGGAGAUCAAAGAUCUGCAGUCGGAGUUUGAGCUCGAGAAGAUCGAUUACUUGGCCACCAUCCGCCGGCAGGAGCGUGACUCCAUGCUGUUCCUGCAGCUCCUGGAGCAGGUGCAGCCCCUGAUUCGCCGGGACUGUAACUACAGCAACCUGGAGAAGAUCAGGCGCGAGGCCUGCUGGGAUGAGGACAAUGGCUUCUGGAAGAUCCCUGAGCCUGUCAUUGUGAAAACCAGCCUCCCAGUAGUUUCAACAGGGCCACAGAACAAACCAGCCCGCAAAACCUCGGCAGCAGACAACGGCGAACCGGGCAUGGAAGAAGACCGCUACAAGGUGAUGCUCAGUCGGAGCGACAGUGAAAAUAUUGCCAGUAACUACUUCCGGCCAAAGCGGGCCAGCCAGAUCCUCAGCACGGAUCCGAUGAAGAGCCUCACACAUCACAGCUCGCCACCGGGCCUCAGCUCUCCACUCAACAACAGCUCUGCCAUCCCACCCACCCAGGCCCCUGAAAUGCCCCAGCCCCGGCCCUUCCGCCUCGAGUCCCUCGACAUCCCCUUCACCAAGGCCAAGCGUAAGAAGAGCAAGAGCAGCUUUGGCAGUGAGCCCCUAUGAACACAGCUAGCUGCCAGCUGCCCCGUUUUGGGGCUUCUGUAAGACUGCCAGGCCCUCCGGGGCAGCGCCAGCUGGGCCUCCCCCAACCCGCCUCCAUUGUGACCAGGGCGCUGGAGGGGGCUCUCGCCCUGGGGAGACAAAUUCCCUUCCCUGUUCCCCAGAGAGCCCACUUCAGCACGGGCGGAAGCCUCUGGGAGGCCGGACCAUCGCUGGAAAGGCCCACUCCUGCUCUCAACGCCACGUCAGUAUUCCCUUCUGCUCGCCUGCCCCAGGGCCUGCCAUUGUGCCCGCCAGUGUUGCCUGGUGCCUCGGUGGGUUCAGGGUCUUGGCUCUGCCCCAGCGCCUUCACCAGCAGCCCCAGCAGAAUGGGCAGCAACUUCCAUGUGGACCAAGCUCAGUGCGUUGGUGACUGAAACUGGUGCCUCCAUCCAUUUGGCCCCCACUUCCUGGGGGCGGCCCUGCAGGGCGGCUGCCCAA